AUGUUGUCUCAGCAAACAUCAUCAUGGCCAGAUGAGUUUAAGAGAUCAUUUACACCCAAUAAUCGUGACCGAUUUCGAAAAAUCGAUACGGUAAUCCAAAAUCCCGAAGGGCCAUCCCUUCUAUCCGGACCUAUUCCAGCCGAGCAAGGCUAUGAAUAUGAUACACGUGCCAAAAGUGCAUCAUACAGUUCGCAGAAUGUUGCACGAGUGCAUGGUUCUGAUGCAAGGGCGAUUCAUAGGCGAGCAACGAACGGUACCGGCGUGCCAUUUCUGUUUGAAGUACAGGGCACAGGUCUUCUAUCAACACAAGGAACUGCAGCAAAGCCGCCGCGAAAUCAUGUUAGUGAUAAUGUUCGAAAGAUUCGUCAUGUUAUGCGCGAAUCUCGACAGCGACAAGCAGUAAAAGAGCAAAAUCAGUCCAUACCUGUCAAGGCACUUUGGAAAUCUAGACAAUAUGAUCAUGUGCAAUCGAAAGUCAAACAAAAAUUGGAUGAGGAUACGCAACGAUCAUUGUCUCGUCCGCAAUCUGCUCGUGGUAAUUUCCUUCAUGCUCAUGAGAAUACAGGACCACAAUAUCUUCGAUCUCAAUCAGUGUCUGGUUCUCGUCGCGGUUCCGUGGCUUCAUCAAUUGAUUUGUCUUCAGCGCGAAGAGAUGAUCGGGAUCAAGCUGAUUUUGUUAAAAUCAACUCCCACUGGGCGGGCAGUGUGCCAAAAGUUCGUAAAACACAGAGUGAAGAAGUUGUUGAAAAAGUUCGAGAAAAGUACAAUCGAGAUUUAGAAGCUUAUCAUAAAUAUCAAAAAGGGCGUACGCCUGAUUAUAUUGAAAAAAUUAAAGACAGACGUGCUCAAGAAAUCUAUGAAGAACGUGCAAAUGCUCCUGAUCCUGACUGUCCGCCUGGUCACGUUAAAAUUGAUAAUGAUAGACGGUUAGCAACAUUACGACAACUGGAAUUAAGUCGUGCAGAACUUGUGACCAAGUUAAGUCAUUUACCAAUUCGAAAUGAUUCGCUAACACUACGCCGAACGAAAGAAGAGCUCGAAAAGAAGAUUGUUGAACUCGAUGAAGCGAUAAAGAUCUUCGCUAAACCAAAAGUGUUUCUUAGAAUGGAAGAAUGA